AUGGCUGCGUCCCGUACGAGUCCGGUGUUGAGAGACCAGUGGAGCGCCGACCCAGACCGUGAUCCCCGUGACAGGGAGAGACGGAGGGGCCGAGGGUCAGGCCGCGAUCGAGGGAGAAACAGAGGACGUGACCGAGGCCGUCCAUAUCGGCCCAAUAACCGCAAUUUCGAUCGCCCGGGGCGGUCGCCACCACGCGCGUCCCGCUUUGGCCCUGAAUCUUCUCACGACCUAGGCGAUUUCGCUCCGGAUCGAUCUCCUCCUCGAGGUUCCCCUCCCCCUCGAAACUUUCACAACAGCCGUCGACUAGAUUCAGCCCAACCGGGGCCACCAGCCGGUGACUGGAACACCCACAACUCCGGACCUUUCGACAGAGAAGCCCCCGGUCUUCGAAGAGACGAGCUAUCAACCGGACCUCCACAGAAACGACAAAGGACUCGCAGCCCCUCACCGCGUGGUGGUCGUGGCCCUCUCCCUCCCCAGCGUCCAAAUUACUCCGAUAACUGGGAUAUCCGGGAUCGAAGCCCUUCAUUCAAGAAACGAGGAGGCCGUAACCAAGGUCGUGGUGCUCCGAGACGAAGAUCACCACGACGGGGCCGGGACCGUCGUGGAAAAGACCGUCGCCGUCCAGAUAUCCCACGUCCAGGAAGAUCCAGAUCACCGGUUCAUGAACGAGGGUUUCAUCCUUCGCCAGACCGACGGUCUCGUACCCCUGGCGAUGAUAAUUAUAGCGACCACGGAUCUCACUAUCGCUCGAACUCACGGCACUCUGUGCGGUCUGCAACCUCGAGAUACUCAGCAUCGUCUCGCAGGUCAAGGCGUGAUUCGGCUAUGAACACAGCUCGACCAGUCCAGUCUGUUGUGGACAGCACUGCUCGGUCUCCAUCUCCACCGCGCCCGAUUCCCAGUUUUGACUGUGAUAAUUUCGGUUCUUCCGGAGAACACUCCAAUCCCGCGCGGGAUGAGUUUUCAAUGCAUGCCAUGCGCUCUGACCACCAACCUCGCCGUCGGUCCUCCCGACCACAUCUUGAUACCCGACCCUAUGCAAACCCUCAAAACGCAACAUCAACAGGCUCAUACCACGGUUCGCCGCAACCGCCAUCACCUUAUUCUGCAGGACGAGGAGGAUGGUCUGGCCCACCUCCGUAUUCUGGAACCGGCCACGCCUCUCCUUACCGAAACGAUGACUAUUCAUCGCAAAAUGGAAACUACUAUCACAACCAAGGUCAAUUUAACGGCCCUAACAAUCAUCACCCUCAGUCUCCGUACGGUGGGCCUCCUCACCGGGGUGGCCACUCUGGUGGCGGUCAUCGAGGAAACUUUUCAAACCAGGGCCCCGAUCGGCGAUUUUCUGGCUCUGGUCCUCAUUCAUAUCACAAUGCAUCUUCACAACGCGGCGCGAGGGGACAUUUCAACAACCUACAAUGGACCGCAUCGGGACCACGAGGCCGCGGGGGACAACAUAGCCCUCGCCCGGCACACAGCCAUGGUAGGGAUGAAGAGGAGAACAAGACAGAACCCCAACCCCCAGCCGGAAAUGCCCAGUCCAUGCCGCCCCCGGCCCACCAGUCCAAUGAAGCCACGCCCGCAAACAAGGGCGGGAAAUUCAGCUUUGCUUUCAAGUCAAAGGCUGCGCCUUCCCCCGCUCCAAAGCCGGUACCUGACCUUGCCCAGAGGAUGCAGCAGGUCCGCGAGCCGGCUCCUCGUGCACCAGAGCCACCCCAACAACCUCGCAAUCGGUUUACCAAUGGGCCAUUGCCCAAAUUCAAGCCAGAUCCGAGGGGUGAUCGCCGUGAUCGUGGUGGACGAAAUCGGGAUCGAGACCGCAGAGAUUUCCGCGAGCCACGAGAAUUCCGUGAUCCACGGGAUCGCAGAGAUGACCGUCGUUUCGAUCAACGUCGUGAUCGACGACAAGGAGAACGGCCCCCGGAUAGGCCCUUGGACUGGCAAGACCGCCGCCGUGAACCUUCUCCGGAACCUCCGAGAGAGCCAUCACCACCUAAAGAGAAGCGGAUUCUUACUCGGCCUAAACCACGCCCUACGCUUCCUGAGGAGUUCGCUAAUGCCGACUCUGUGUACUUUCGAAAGCCGGGCAAUGAGUCUGUGAUCGGUGCUGGAACAUAUGGAAAAGUGUUCAAGGGAAUCCACGUUUAUACCCAGCGUAAAGUUGCACUCAAGAAGAUCCGAAUGGAAGGCGAGAAGGAUGGCUUCCCUGUGACGGCUGUCCGAGAGAUCAAGCUGCUUCAGCACCUCCGAAACCAUAAUGUCGUCAGCCUCCUGGAGGUCAUGGUCGAAAAGAACGAAUGUUUCAUGGUCUUUGAAUACCUCUCACACGAUCUGACCGGUCUGAUCAAUCAUCCUACUUUCUCUCUCACACUUUCUCACAAGAAGGAUCUGGCGAAGCAAAUGUUCGAGGGUCUCAAUUAUCUUCACCAUCGAGGGGUUCUACAUCGCGACAUCAAAGCAGCCAAUAUAUUGAUCAGCAAUCGUGGAUUGUUGAAGUUUGCCGACUUUGGCCUAGCCCGGUUCUUCUCCAAAAGCCGCCAACUUGACUACACCAACCGAGUCAUCACCAUCUGGUACCGACCUCCGGAACUCCUUUUGGGUGAGACCCGAUAUGGCCCUGCGGUCGACGUAUGGAGCGCUGCCUGCGUUUGCAUGGAGAUGUUCACCAAAAAGGCCGUUUUCCCCGGUGAAGGUGGUGAAUUGAGCCAGAUGGACAAGAUCUACAAUGCUUUGGGUACUCCUACCAAGUCUGAAUGGCCGGACCUCGUGGAGAUGCCCUGGUUCCACCUGAUGCGACCAACGGAACGAAGGAAGCGUGUUUUCGAGGACGUAUACCGUGAUGUGCUCACGUCCAGUGCGAUGGAUCUUAUAUCCUCGAUCUUCCGCUAUGAUCCCUCCCAGCGGCCGAGCGCCGAGGACAUUCUCAAACAUCCAUACUUCGUAUCCGAAGAACCAGCUCCUCGCCCGCCCAUUGAAUUGGAACACGUUGAAGGAGACUGGCACGAGUUUGAAUCCAAGGCGCUUCGCAAGGAAGCUCGACGCGUCGAGUACCAAAACCAAAAGGACCGCGACAAGCGUAAGGCUGACGCAUCGGUUCCCAGCAGCGAUCGGGAUUCCAAACGUACCAAGCAAGAUUCAAGUGAUCGUGCCUCUGCACAGUGAUGACUCUUGGUUGGC